ACGGAGCUGCCCCGAGGCAGCAGCAGCAGCCCCUGGUCUGGGCUGGCUUCUGCAUGGCAUGGGCUGGACUCACGAGAGGGGCAAAUGGUGAGCAUGGAAAAUCCCCAGAGGAAAUACAGUAUACUGGAAAAUCUUGGCAGCGGGGCUUUUGGAGUUGUUUGUAGAGCGGUCGACAUUGCCACAGGAGGAGAGGUGGCCAUCAAGAAAAUAAAUGUUCAAACACUGAAGAGGAAGAAAGUAACUGUUAAUGAAAUCAUGGUCAUGAAGAGGAAUAGGAAUCCCCGUGUUGUGAGUUAUUUAGACAGCUACCUUGUGCAUGAGCAAAUCUGGCUGGUGAUGGAAUACAUGGAUGGAGGCACUCUGUACGAUGUCAUCAGAAUGACUAAGAUAUAUGAAGAUGACAUUGCAACUCUCAGUCGGGAGUGCCUGCAAGGACUGGAAUUUCUUCACUCUAACCAUGUGAUGCACCGAGAUGUGAAGAGCCUCAACAUCCUUUUGAGAACCGAUGGCUCUGUCAAGCUGGCUGAUUUUGGCUUCUCUGCUCAACUCACCCCCAAGCAGAGUAGACGGAGCUCGGUGAUCGGCACUGCUUGGUGGAUGGCGCCUGAAGUGGUUGAAGGUCAACCAUAUGGCCCCAAAGUGGACAUAUGGUCUUUUGGAAUUGUGGGCAUUGAAAUGGUGGAACGAGAGGUUCCUUACAAGAAUGAAAGUCCUCUCUCGACUCAACUCCUGAUAGCCACACAAGGGAUCCCAGAGCUGCGGCAGCCCAAGCUCCUGUCACCUCUGCUGCGUGACUUCCUGAGCUGCUGCCUGCAGAGAGACGAGAGACGGCGCUGGUCUGCCAAGGAGCUGCUGCAGCAUCCAUUUGUAACAUCGGCCAAUCCUGCAUCCAGCCUGGUGCCACUCAUCAUUUUAGUGAAGAAGUGGAAGGAGGAGAGAAAAAAGUGA